AUGUUUUGUAAUAUAUUUUAUUAUCUACAGCAAAAUGUGCUAUCUGAGUCUUUUCAAUAACGACACCGAAAUUAUAUCUCUAAGAAAUGUAAACCGAGUGCAAAAUGUUGUAGUCGUCAUUGUAUGUCGUCGUAAAAUGAUGACACAAGUGCCCAAAGUUCGGCUGGCAGGGGGCUUGGAGGUCUGCCGCAUCCUGAACGGCAUGUGGCAGGUGUCAGGUGCGCAUGGUCCGGUGGAUCAGACCAAAGCAGUUCAGGCGAUGCAAGCCUAUGUUAAUGCUGGCCUGACAACAUUUGACAUGGCAGAUAUCUAUGGACCAGCAGAGGAGAUUUUUGGACACUUCAACAGCCAGGUAAAAUCGAAAGCCAGCGGUGAUGCAUUACAGCUGCUGCAGGGUUUGACUAAAUGGGUUCCUCGACCUGGACCAAUGGACCGUAAGGUGGUGGAGAAAGCCUUACAGCGGUCCAUGAGCCGUAUGCAGGUGGAGUCUCUGGACUGUGUGCAGUUCCACUGGUGGGACUACAGGGACAGAAGAUACCUGGAAGCCCUGGGGCACCUUUCUGACCUGCAGCAGGACGGCCUCAUACGAGAAUUGUCCCUUACUAACUUUGACACUCAAAGGCUUGAGGAGAUCUCCAACAGAGGGAUCCGCAUCUCCAGUAACCAGGUGCAGUACUCCCUGAUCGACCAGCGGCCCGCCGCUAAGAUGGAGGCGUUCUGUCUCUCUCAUGGCAUCCAGCUCCUGACCUAUGGAACACUGGCUGGGGGUCUGCUCUCAGAGCGUUAUCUGGGCAAGGAGGAGCCUACAGGCAGGGCAGAGCUCAGCAACGCCUCCCUCAGUAAGUAUAAGAACGUGAUUGACAGCUGGGGAGGAUGGGGGCUCUUCCAGGAGCUGCUAGUCGCCUUGGACACGGUCGCCAAACACCACAGCUGCUCCAUCGCCAACGUGGCUACACGCUAUGUCCUGGACCGCCCGGUGGUGGGAGGAGUCAUCGUGGGCUGUCGUCUCGGCAUCGCUGGGGCGGAACACAUCGAGGACAGCCUGCGCAGCUGCAGGCCAGAGUUGGCACUCACACCAGGAGACCUGCGCCCCGUUGAGGAUGUUCUGCAGCGCUCGCGUGACCUCAUGAGCCUAAUCGGAGACUGCGGAGACGAGUACAGGAAGUAGAGGGGGAUGAAGAAGGACUAGAGCAUCUGGGUUGGGAAGAAGAACAGGCACAAAAUCUUCAGCGCUGACGUUCAUAGGACGUGUUGACGUUCAUAUGACGGGUUGACCUUCAUGUGACGGGUUGACCUUCAUGUGACGGGUUGACCUUCAUGUGACGUGUUGACCUUCAUGUGACGGGUUGACGUUCAUGUGACGUGUUGACGUUCAUGUGACGUGUUGACGUUCAUGUGACGGGUUGACCUUCAUGUGACGGGUUGACCUUCAUGUGACGGGUUGACCUUCAUGUGACGGGUUGACCUUCAUGUGACGGGUUGACCUUCAUGUGACGGGUUGACGUUCAUGUGACGUGUUGACGUUCAUGUGACGGGUUGACGUUCAUGUGACGUGUUGACGUUCAUAUGACAUUGAUACAUAUAUUAGGAAGAUGAUGGUAGAAAGAAAAGUGGUUGGAAGAGAAAGCAAUAUGAGGGGAGUGACAUGGGAACUGUGAGAGUGCAUACAGACAACCUUUUGUUUUGUAAUGUUUAAUGAUAUGGUGUGUGGGUGUGUAUAUAUAGUGCAAUUGGGUUUCUACAUGUAUGGAGACGUCUUUGAAUUAAAUAUACAAUGGGGGUGCCAAUAUAUAUACUUUUUUUUGGCCCUCAUAUAAAAUGCUCACAAAUCAAUAAACAUAAAAACUAAA